UAUUAUAAUCAAAGCUGAAUCACAAGAAUAAUUUUGACAUUCUCGCUAUUUUCACACAAUUGAUAGUGAAAAUAGGCUUUGUUUACAUAUUAAUUUGCCAUAGAUGUAGCCAAGCAAUUUAUCUAGCAUUGACUAACAAUAGAGUUGUUGAUUGGCUGUAGCACAGAUGUAUUUUAACCAAACAUACGACCAAAGUGUCAAUGUGUCUGAAAAAUAUUUUCAGUUUUGAUAAAUGAACAACUUUCAAGUAAACAACACUAUUGACGUGGAGCCAAUGUUAUUCUGCUCAAAAUGUCACUCAGGAUAAUAACAAAUUGAUGAACUAGUAAUCCAAUCCUAAGUUGAUGAUUUUACAAGAUUCAAAAUAUAUGGAUUAUCUAAACAAAGCAACAAGAAAGAAACACGUAAGUCAGUUUUAAUAAUUGGAGAUGACAAGUCAUCAAACAUGACAAACAAUCAGUCAAAUAUCAUGAAGACUAACAGUGAAAUUUUGAACAGUGAAAUAAUUUUCAAAGACCAUAAAAGUUUGAAAGAACCUACCUGUUCAAAUCCAUGCACAUUAUAAUUGAGGAUUAAUUAGACAACAUUAAAGAUGAUAAAUUAUAGCGAUGGAGUCAUGGAGAAUGGUGGAUAAAAUGAUGCAAAUCAUGAGUUUUUUUAUCAUCAGAGAUGAAAUUGAAAUGUUGGGUAUAAUGUAACAGAUGGAUGAUAUUAUGAAUAAUAAAGAAAAUGAAGAAGAAAGAAAAAAUGGAAGAUGGAAAGAGAAAGAGAGGGAUGAGAGUCUGAAGGAAAAGUGGCAGCAGGAAAUACGAGCUAAGAAAUAUAAAAGAAUGAUAAUAACAUCAUCUUGUUUUCCUCCUCUUUUCUCUUGGUCACUCUCUUUCCAUUCAUUACUUUGCCAUCAUCCGCAUCCUCAUCAUUAUCAUCAUCUACCUCUCAUUGAGGUGGGACGAACUUCGGUCAAAUCUGGUUUGGUAGUAAAGAGACCAACCUUAGAACGGAUGGUUCACUUUGUCCACAGUUAACACAAUUAGUUUUUGAUCAAGAUGGUGGUAGUUUCUUAACCGUUCAAAACAACCUUGAAUCUUCACAAUAAAACUAAACUUGUUUUCUUCUCCUUUCUCUUUCUCUUUAUCUCUCUCCCCUUCUCAUCUCAUUUUCAUCUUAAUUAUUCUAAUGUUCACCAUGAUUGUUAGAAUGUGAAAACACCAAAAAACUGAUUCAUUUAAGCCUAGUUAACAGAAACCAAACACCUUCUGUGCCAUUCCUUUUCACAUGAACAUUUGAUUGUAGUCUGGCUUUCAAUUAUCAGUGAUGGUAAAUCAAAAAUAUAAUUUCCAUCAUGUAAUCAAUUUUUUUGGAUAAUUUAUAUUAAAGAAAGAAAAAUGUUUCGAAAAUUUUCUGGAAUUUAUAUUACUAAUUGUAUGGGUCAAAAGACUUGAUCGGUUGCAUUCAAAUUGUCAGAAAAUUAGUAUCAUUUUUAUCAACCUGAUUUAUCCCGGAAAAACCAAUGCACACUAAUUAUCUAUCAAUUUUGUUUCAAUUAUUCGCAAUGAUUUCGCUAAAAAUAUUCACUUUGUGUUGCUCUGAUAAUCAACCGCGCCAAGACAAUAAAACUGGUUUUCAUUGCUCCCAAGUAAACAAUGUAAAACAAUGUCGGCUGUAAACUCUUUGAUAACUUUUUUCGCAAACCCAGUGUCCAUCAUUGGCUCCUCUUUAAUAAUUCAACUGGCAAGUGUAUUUUGGGCCAAUACUCAGUAUCAAAGUUAUUCUCAGAAUACCGAGAAUGGCCGUGAAGAGUUUGACUACAUCAUUAUCGGUGGAGGAACAGCUGGAGCUGUGGUUGCUUCCAGAUUGUCAGAAAACCCUGCAUUGUCCAUUCUAGUGUUGGAGGCCGGUGGAAGUGAAUCGUUUAUCACGGAAAUUCCUUGUUUUUGGGUUCUUUGGAGAGGGUCAUCAUUGAACAACCAAUACAAAACAGAGCCCCAAUCAGUUGGUUGUCAGGCUUACCAAGAAAACCGUUGCCGACUUGAUUCUGGUCGAGGUCUUGGUGGCUCAUCGGCAAUAAAUGGCAUGGUUUAUGUUAGAGGUCAUCCAGAUGAUUAUAACGAUUGGUCUUCAUUAGGUAUCAAUGGUUGGUCAUUUGAUGAGUUGAUUCCAUAUUUCCUUAAAUCUGAAAGUUUCCAGCGUAUGAAUCGAGUAUCCGAACAAUUUCACAAUACAACUGGUCCUUUGCCAAUCGACUAUGGGUCAUUUGUUCACCCAACUAACUGGGCCUUCUUCAAAACUCUUCAAAAUCUUGGUUAUUCUAUCGAUGAUUAUAAUAGCGACCAACAAUUGGUUUUUGAUCGUGUCCAGACUACAACUAAACAAGGAGUCCGUUGGUCUACUCAUAAAGCUUUCCUUUCACAAUCUAAACUUUCCAGUUCACCCAAACUGAAGGUAAGAACACAUUCACCAGUUCAAAAGAUAAUAUUUGAUAAAAAUAAAAGGGCAAUCGGAGUUGAAUAUAAAGACAUCUCUGGAAGAUUAUUGCACUCUUAUGCAUCAAAAGAGAUAAUCCUAUCAGCUGGUUCUUUUGGCUCGCCUCAUUUACUUUUAUUAUCUGGUGUUGGUCCAAAAGGUCAUGUUGAAUCUUUUGAUAUACCAAAUAUUGUUGAUAGACCAGGAGUCGGGUCAAAUCUUCGAGACCAUGUUUAUGGUUUAUUAAGCUACACGACCAACUUGACAACUGUUACAGACCCAGCAUCGACAUUAAAUCUACCAAACUACUUUUCAUUUACUCGUGGCCAUGGACCAUUAACCUCUGGAGGGGGCAUUGCUUUAGGAAAUAUUAAAACUGAGCCAAAAAUACCGGUACUUUCCACGAAACCAGACAUACAACUAGUCUUUGCUGGAACCAGUCCAUCGUCAUUACCAGAUUCCAAUUUCUGGACAAACGUAUUUGGAUUGAAGGAGGGUAUUUAUGAGAGUUACUUCCAACCAUACGUUGGUCGUGAAACCUUAACAGCUUAUGUUUGCUUAUUGCAUCCUGAGUCUGUGGGUUCACUUCGUUUAUCAUCACGAAAUCCAAUGGAUAAGCCUUUAGUUAAUCCAAAUUAUUUUGAUAGCACAAAAGACAUAAAAACUUUGGUUGAAGGCAUAAAAGUGGCUCACAAAAUAAUGUCUAGUCCUUUGAUGAAAUCAUUAGGAGUACAACUAUUUGAUUCCAAGUUUCCUGGUUGCGAGCAAUACCAAUUGGCCAGUGACGAUUAUUGGUCUUGUUAUGUCAAACAAUUCACUGUAAAAGGUGACCAUUAUGUUGGAACUUGUAGGAUGGGUAAUCAAUCUGAUUCAUUGGCUGUUGUUGAUGAUCAAUUGAGAGUAAUAGGAGUGGAAGGUUUAAGGGUAGUCGAUGCAUCAGUUAUGCCUAGGAUAACAUCUGGUAAUACAAUGGCGCCAACCAUAAUGAUUGCUGAAAAAGCUUCCGAUUUAAUAAGACAAUCAGCCAAAAAAUAAUUAAUUAAAUUAAACAUUUUAAUAGUGAAAAAAUUAACUCAUAUUUAUUAAUAUUAAUCAAAACCAUUUCAUUAAAAUUACUCCAAUUUCAAUCACUUUUUCGUCUGACCUUUCUUAGAUUUUAAAGUUACACUGUUGACCGUAGUGAAACCAAUAUUAAGAUCAAAGCU